AUGGGGAACUUUAUUUCUUGCACUACUUCACCAAGGACAAGGAAUUCAAAAGCAGCUAGGGUUAUUCUACCAAAUGGACAAAUCCAACAGUUCCAUGAGACAGUAAAAGCAGCAGAGCUUAUGUUGGAAUAUCCAAACUCCUUCUUAGUAAACUCCUGCUCGUUGAUCAUCGGCCGACGGUUUUUCGCCUUGUCGGCCGAUGAAGACUUGGAGUUUGGUAAUAUUUACGUUAUGUUUUCUAUGAAGAGGGUGAAUUCUGUGAUCACGGAGAAAGAUAUGGAAGAUUUUUUUAUGACGGCUAACUCAAAACCGACACCAGCACAUAUACCAGAUAACUCGUCAGGAAAAGAUGGUCUUGGAUGGUUAGGUUUGAAUUUGAAUGAAUUAGAAGGUUUUGUGGAGGUACAAGAAUUUAGGUAUAGGGUGUCAUGCAGAUCAAAGAAGCCUUUAUUGGAGACAAUUAUGGAAGAACCAAUUAGUUCAAGGUAG